AUGAGUGACAACCUGUCAACGCGGCGCGUGGAUGCCAUCAUGGAAAUUGUCUCCGAUGACACAGUGGAUGUGUCAGAGUGCCAGUUUUUCAACUUGAUUGCGGGCGAGUCGUUUGAUUGGAAAGACGACGAGGAGAUGGAUCUAGCUGGCGUCAAUGGCCGCGCAACAGUGUGGAACCACAUCAAUUUGUAUGCACCCAAGGUCUUUGUGCUAUCUCCCCCUUGCACAUUAUAUUCAGCGCUGGUGAACAUGUGGGGUCGCAAGGCCAUGGGUGAAGCCAAGUACCAGAAGCUUCGAGAAGAAGCAGAUCGUUUGCUGAGUUUUGCGUGUGAAAUUGGCCUGCAUCAGCUGCGGUGUCGUCGGCACUUUGUCUUUGAACACCCAGAUGGUGCAUCCAGCUGGAAGACUGGGCCUCUACUUCAUUUGAGCCAGCAACCGGGUGUCAUUGUGACACGCUUUGACCAAUGUCGCUUUGGGCUCCGCAGCCCGGGUAGCCAGCAACCCAUUCGCAAGCGAACCCGAUUGGUUCACAAUGUGCCUCAGCUGGGUCAAGCAUUUGAUGGUGCCUUCUGCCAAUGCACAGUGCCCCACAGGCGCAUCGAAGGAUCGGAGAAUGGAGUGCAGCUGUCUUCUUUAUGCGAAACUUAUCCGCCAUUGAUGGUGGAAACCAUGCUUGCAGCAAUCCGUGCUGAGGUGAGCGUGGAAUUCAUCAACUAA